AUGGAGAAGAUCUCAGAAAAAACAAGAAGGCAGAUUGCUGCUAAGGGAUAUAUUCUUCAGGAUGGAUUUGUGAUGAGCAAUCUCCCUGUUCCACCAAACUGCCUCCGCGCUUACAAUGUUUUAGAUGAAACACUCAUGUGCUCUCCGGAUGCCUCCACAAACCUGCUGAGGAAAAUCGUACUCAACGUACAUAGCAUCAACAACUCAAGGGUUGGCCCCCCAACCUUCAAAGAACAUGAGGUGGAAGCAGAUGAUCUUCAGGUUGCCAUUGCUGACUACAUCAAGCAUGCAGGAACAGCAAGGGGUCCUCAAGGUAUCACCUUUAAAAGUCUGCCUGCAACAAAACAAUGGCAGCAAAAGAUGAAGUCACUCUGCAUCAGCAAGAGCUCAAGCUUCUCAUGCCGUGGUGUGAUCACAGGUGACCCAUACAUUCCUAUGAAUGUGGUAGGAGUGCCUGAUGAAGUAGCAAGGCGAAUGUCAGUACAAGAGCGUGUGACAGACUACAACAUUGCUCAGCUGCAAGGCAUGAUGGAUAGAGGUCUUUGCCUGACACAUGAAGAUGCUAAUUCUAUCACGCACUCCUUGGAUGUGGGGAAAGCAAAUAAGAAACGGACCAUACUGAAGGUCGGUGAAACGGUCAACCGGAGAAUUCUGGAUGGAGAUGCGGUAUUUGUCAACAGGCCACCAAGCACCGACAAGCACUCAGUCCAAGCAAUGUAUGUCCGUGUACAUACUGAUCACACCAUCAAGAUCAACCCACUCAUAUGUGGACCACUUGGGGCAGAUUUCGAUGGCGACUGUGUCCACAUUUUCUUCCCAAGGUCGGUGUCAGCAAGGGCUGAAGCUAUAGAGCUCUUCACGGUGGAGAAGCAGCUGGUCAGCUCUCACAAUGCAAAGCUGAAUUUUCAGCUCAAGAAUGAUUGCUUACUAGCUUUAAAGAAAAUGUCUGCUAGAAAGUAUUCCAGAAGGGAGGCCAAUGAACUUUUAAAUGCAAUGUUCACGGCAGGGUUGAUUCCCAAGAAGCGACUAUCAGGUCGACCAGAGUGGAGUUUCGCUCAGAUUCUAGAGACGGUACUACCACAGGAAAACAAAAUAUUAAUCAGAGACUUGGUUGCUGGCACUAUUACCAUCUCAUCAGUUCUGUCCACGAAGAAUCCAAGGGAGGCCAUAGAAUUUCUGAAUCUUCUGCAGCCCCUACUAAUGGAAUCAUUAUUUACCGAUGGUUUCAGCGUAAGCCUGAGAGACUUCAAUGUCCAGAAUCCAAUACCACAGACAAUUCAGCAUCAGACACUUGAUCUUGACAAGUUACGGAAACCAAUUGUGGACUUCAUUACUUCUUCUGACAUUCGCUUCUUGGUUGACCAAAAGAGAGAUUCAGCCAUGACCAAAGUAGUGGAGCAGAUUGGUUUCUUGGGACAUCAGCUGCAGCGCAACGGAAGAUUAUAUUCUGGCAGCUUGGUAGAGGAUUGCGUAUCCAAGUCACUAAGCAAGUGUGGCAGCAGCACCAAUGGUUGCCAUCCUUUGGAGGCACAUGGUUUUGUCAGGAACUCACUUUGCAAUGGACUGAACCCAUAUGAGGACCUACUCCAUUCAAUAUCUGCAAGGGAGAAGACAAUACGCGCAUCUAAAGGACUUGUGGAGCCGGGCGUUCUCUUCAAGAAUAUGAUGGCAAUGCUCCGGGAUGUUGUAGCAUGCUAUGAUGGAACCAUAAGAAACUCAUGUGGAAAUUCAGUUGUCAAGUUUGACUCGAGAAACUCAUCGAGUUCUGUGACACCAGGAGAUCCCGUUGGUAUCUUGGCAGCCACUGCAGUUACAAAUGCUGCAUACAAGGCAGUGUUAGACCCAAAUCAGAAUAACAUGGCCUCAUGGGACUCGAUGAAGGAAGUGAUCCACGAGUUCAGGAGGUGA